CUGAACAGUUCUUUCUUGGACUUGAAGAAUUGAUGAGCCUUCGGAUGUAAUUACCUCUGAACUCUGUUUUUACUGUUAGUUGAAAAUAACUAGACACCUCUCAGCUAUAUAAAUACUGCCCUGGGCAAUUUGCCCUAAGGUGUCCUGUUUUUAAGAUACUAGUUGUCUUGUUUCCUAAUGAAGAAAGACGAUUUCCAGCAAUUAGAACGAGAGAAGAGUCAAUCUUCCAAGAAGACUACUCCCAAAAGGAUUAUCCAUUUUGUUGAUGGAGACACCUUGGAAGAAUAUAGCACAGAGGAGGAGGAGGAAGAAAAAGAUGGACAGAGAAUGAGUUCAACACUUGACCCUUCUAAACUCUCAUGGGGGCCCUACCUGUGGUUUUGGGCAGGACGAAUAGCAAGCAGCUCGUUUUCUACUUGUGAAUUCCUUGGUGGAAGAUUUGCUGUCUUCUUUGGUCUUACUCAAACCAAAUAUCAAUAUGUGUUAAAUAAGUACCACAGAAUACAAUAUAAGGAAAGUAACAAAGAAAGGGAAGAGAAUGGAUCAAAGGACCAGGCAGCUAAGUCUUCUAAUGAAAAGUGUCGCCUGAAAACUGGAGUCCCUGAAUAUGGGACCAGACAACAGGACCUGGCAAAGGCCAUUCCUCAGCAGGGCACCUCAUCUAGGGAGGACUUGGCGGCAGAUUCCAGCUCAUGAUGGGAAUCAGAGACUGUAGUUCCCCUGUAUCUCUGUCUUGAGCUAUUGGUUACCAUGGCAACAGCACCACAGGUAGCACUUUUUAGGCCAGAACUGGGACUAAGCUUGUGACUCUAGAAUUGAGGAAUUGCAAACAGUGAGUGAUUUUGGAUACUUUCUCAAUAUAAUUUUUUUAAUAUAAGUUUCUAUUCUAACUCCACCCAGUAAUACACUCUGUUAGUCUUGACAUUUAGAUUUGGGUUUAAAUUCUUUGUUAUAGGGCUAGAGUGGAGUAAAGAAUCUCUGUUCCUCAGAAGAAAAAUUGAGCUUCAUAGAGUAUAAAUAAAUUCCCUUUUUAGGGAUUAAAAUAAGGUAUAUAUUUCUAAGUAGUCAUCCUGUCUUAGUUGGAACUUGCUUUAUGAUUAGCAAACAUUGCUAGUAGCACUAUGAAAUGGUCUUUAUCAAAGUUUUUGAGAAUUAUAUACACCCCCCAAAAAAUUGGAAACAAGUAAUAAGAGCACUACACAAGUUUUUUAAAAAUGGAUGAUUUCUUUGUUUAUUUGUCAACAAUUUUUCUAAACCUGUGAAGAUCAAAUGUGAAAAUCAGAGCUACAAAGCACAGGUUGUUCUGGACAAAGAUAAAUGUGAUUUAGUAGAAAGAAACAAAACUUUCAGUAAUGAAACCUCAUUUUUAGUUUACUUUUUCCAUUUGCUAGUUUUGUGAUUUUGAAGGUGUCCAGAUUUCUGAUCCCCAGUUUCCUUCUUUGUAAA